CGCGCCUCUUUUAUUAACGGCUCCAAGAACCGCGGCCGGGCCUCUAUCUCGUUCCCGGUGGACAACCCAAAAAGGCAAAAAAAAAAAAAAAAGAGCUCUCCUUUUUCGUUCCUAAUUUAUUCGCGUUCUUCUGUUUUUCUCUGGCGUAAUCGAAGGCCGUGGUAUAUCUAUUUCUCCAGCGGAAGAGUUGAAAGAGUCGGGUAAUUGCGACGAUGGCCGAGGAUGGUCACAGAGUCACCCUGAAUGUGUAUGAUCUCAGCCAAGGACUAGCUCGCCAGCUUUCGGUGACAUUGCUAGGCAAGGCCAUUGAGGCCAUAUGGCAUACAGGAGUGGUGGUAUACGGAAAUGAAUAUUAUUUCGGGGGAGGUAUUCAGUGUGAUCCUGCUGGAAUGACGCCUUAUGGUACACCCCUCCGGGUGAUUGAGCUUGGGGUAACUCAUGUGCCUAAGGAAGUAUUUGAGGAAUAUUUGCGAGAGAUCGGCCCACGUUACACUGCUGAGACCUAUAAACUUCUCAGCCACAACUGCAACAAUUUCAGCAAUGAGGUUGCUCAGUUUCUGGUUGGGACUACCAUCCCAGACUAUAUCCUCAAUCUUCCAAAUGAAGUUAUGAACAGUCCAAUGGGUCCUCUAAUAUUACCCAUGAUUCAACAGUUGGAAUCGACAUUGAGAGCUGGUGCAGUUCCUCAAGCUCCUCAGUUCACACCUGCUGCUGCCAUGGCUCAGCCUUCUGGACCUAAGAUUGUCAUUUCAAGCCCAGGCAGUUGUGCAAACCCUGUGAAGUUGGAGGACCAGAUGGCAGAUUCCAAGGGCACAUCAGUUACCACUUCUCCUGAACCAAGGGAAGUCCCUCCUGCACAACAGGAGAAGAAACCUUCUGCCAGUGACCUCCUUGGGGAUGCUCGGAGUAAGGUGCAGGAAGAGAUUACCAAAGAGUUUGCAGCGAUCAUGGCUACUGGAACACUCCGGGCAAGUGAAGCAGCGGCACUUGCCACAAGGAGAGUGAUGGAGAGGCAUGGACGCUUAAAUAUGCCUAUGCAACAGAGUUGAAGAGAAGAUGCGUAGAUUGGAUAUGUCUCUCAUAGGAUAAACUAAUAUCUGACCAUUCUUAUGGGGCCAUCUGCCUUUUUGCUUGUAUAACUGCAAACUGUAUCCAACAACAGAAUCAAUUCAAUACUGUGAUAAAAGUACUGCCAAUGUUCAAUGAAGACUUCAGUUAAUUAAAUCACAUAUAGCUUCUCUAA